AUGGAGAGCUGCCGGGCGCUGGCGCUCUGCGCCGUGGCGGCCGCGCUGCUGAUGGGCGCCCGCGGGCAGGGGCCGAGCCCUCCGCGCCGACCCCGGGACUUGGGGCUCCUCGGCGGCGGCGGCGGCGGCGCGUCCCGAGAGAAGGAGCUGAUCGAGGCGCUGCAAGAGGUGUUGGAGAAGCUGAAGAGCAAGAGGGUCCCGCACUACGAGAAGAAGUUCGGGCAGGUGCCCAUGUGCGACGCCGGGGAACAAUGCGCCGUGAGGAAGGGGGCCCGCAUUGGGAAGCUCUGCGACUGCCCCCGGGGGACUUCGUGCAAUUCCUUCCUCCUCAAGUGCCUGUAA